CAUCGGCUUUGGCGUAGGCUUCUCUUCUUGACCAACAACAACCCCAGAUCUUGAGAGAUGGUGAGUGUGGCCAUGAUCCUUGGAAGAACAGUGUCGUGGGAGCUAGGAUCAUCUCUUCACAAAACUGAUGACAGCAUCAGUGACUCCUUUUCAGUCUGGAUUACAAACUGUCAAUGAUGCUAACUAUAACAAUUUCUUAUGCAAAGCCUCCAAACCUUUGGAUUUGGACUUGUAUUUAACUUUAUUUGAUGGGCCUAAGUGAAAAAAGAAAAAAAAAAUCUGCAUAAAUCUCAAACAAGAGAAAAGAAGAUUUUACAUAAUUGGAUCUUUGGCUCAUUAAUGUGGGCUUCAAAUAAUUUACCAAGAACUUUCAAACCUUUAUUUGAAAUAUAAAGGGGGAAAAAACUGUUCCAUCAGAAUUUUUUGGUUUGAAAUUAAUUGAUUUUAAAAAAUUCUGCUUGUUAGGCAAAGAUGUGAUGAUAUUUAUGAGGCUUAUUUUUUGUCAAAAUACAAUAUAAGAGGAACAAGAAAUGCGCCCUGUUGGACUUCUUAUAUAAGCUUUUUUUGUUUCAAUCUUAUGAAAGGCAUCCUUGGCAGUUGAAAGACACAGCAAAGAUCUCAGUUCCUUUUAUUUUAGUUGGGUUGAACCAUUGUUUUAUACGUUUGAAUUUUAUUUUACCUUUUAUUGUUUCACAGGCACCCAAGAAGGCCAAGAGGAGGCAGCAGCAGGGUGAGGGUGGAUCCUCCAAUGUGUUCUCCAUGUUUGAGCAGAGCCAGAUCCAGGAGUACAAGGAGGUAACGUUCUCUUCAUCAUACUCAUUUUUUAAAGUCUUCUUGGUAUAUAUAAGUGUAUAAAUAGAUACAUAGAUUAGGGUCUUUAAGAGUCAUUUCAGAAAAGACAGAAUUUUAUAUGUAUCAUUUGACCUACCCUUGGUAGCUCUCCAAGGAUUACACCUCAAUAUUCAGCCACAUGACAGCUAAAAUAUCCUCAUCAGCACCUCAGGACAGUAAAUCCAAGUUGUUCCGAUGACAGCAGCUACCUCUCCCCUGAGGUAGCUGCGUAAUCCCCCUUGCAGACCCUCAAACAGACUCAGUGUGACCUCACUGGAAUGCUGCCAGACAGCUGGUGAACACUUAUAUCAAUCAAAGUAGGAGAGAGGCAGUCAAGGUAGAGAGAGGAAAAGGUUUAGUCUACUUUUAGCAUAGAUGGUUGUGGUUUUGUUGUACCAUUUUAAAGCUGUAGCAUCACUCUAAAAGAAAAUUGGCAUAAUUGUCGCUACAUCUCUAAAAAUAGGAGUAUUUAUGUGUUUUUUGUUCUGUAUGAAGGUGUAAGGAGCAGGGAAUUCUUGGGAGAGUGGCUCAGCAUUCCCUUUACAGACCUCAACAGGUGACAGAACUUCAGGGACAGGGUCGGAAGAUUUGGUCACAAGGGGAGGGGGGUGACAGAUGUAAUCAAUACUGUCUCCUUAAAUGUCGCAAGGGGCUUGUCUCACAUUCCGAGACCAUUUUAACACCUUGGAAAGACAAGUGGCCGACCAGCUGCCAAGUCCCUGAAGGUUUUCAAUGCCAUCUUUGGUUUCUACACCCUGCCAUGUGGAAAGGGAGAGGGAGCGGUGAAGGACAGCUCUACAUUAACACGUUUAUGUUGGCAGGCAUAUAAUUAUCAUAAGCAAGUCUUAUGACCCAGACUUGUGAGAAAUAUGAGACUCUUAGAUUUAACUGUUUGAUUUUAUGGUUUUUGAAGAGCUGAUUGAAGACCCUUUGACUUAAAUUUUUUUAAUCACCAUAUUCUUCUCUUUUUUUCCCUCCAUCCUCGUCAGGCUUUCACAAUCAUCGACCAGAACAGAGAUGGCAUCAUCAGCAAGGACGACUUGAGGGACGUGCUGGCCACCAUGGGCCAACUGAAUGUGAAGAAUGAGGAGCUGGAGGCCAUGGUGAAGGAGGCCAGUGGCCCCAUUAACUUCACCGUCUUCCUGACCAUGUUCGGCGAGAAGCUGAAGGGUGAGUGGAAACUUGGACUUUGUUGCCUGUCACCUUUGUUUUUGUUUUGUUUGUUUUUUUUUUCAUUUUGAAACUAUCAUCUUCACUGUUAUUUUAUCCCUCAUUUGCUGUUGUUUUUUUUAAAUACUUUUUCAUCUUAAUGUUUUUUAUAUCCUAAAUGUUUUUCUAAUUUGUAGAUCUCUUGUUCUUACCCUGUAUAAGAAAGACUAAAUGGCUGAUUUUACUUUUAGGCGCUGACCCCGAGGACGUUAUCGUGAGCGCUUUCAAGGUCCUGGACCCCGAGGGCACUGGUGCCAUCAAGAAGGAAUUGUAAGAGCCUUAAUCUUGAGUCAUAACAGCAUCUCUAUGUGAAAAACUCUUGAUAUUUAAACUUCUCUACUCUCCCCCUCUAGCCUUGAGGAGCUCCUGACCACCCAGUGCGACAGGUUCACCGCUGAGGAGGUGAGAUGCUGACUCUUUGUCUUACACAUCAAUUGCACCCUGGUGGAGGUUGUUCACUUUUAAGCCAUUUUCUUCCAAUCUCUUCCUUUGCAGAUGACCAACCUGUGGGCUGCUUUCCCCCCUGAUGUGGCUGGCAAUGUAGACUACAAGAACAUCUGCUACGUCAUCACACACGGAGAGGAAAAGGAGGAGUAAAUCUCUCUCUCUCAAACUCUCUACCUCCGUUCAAAGCCAUACUUACCCCCAUCAUCACCAUCGACUCACUCCCUCUUCUCCAAUGCCGCCACUACCUUGCACAUGCUCACCCUCUUGGCUCACUCUUUCACUACAAAAAGACUUGUCUCCUUUAUAGAGAUCCUCAGUGAGAGGACUGAGGGCUGCGGGGGUGUUUGUGUGUGAGCAGUACCGACAGGGGAAACAUGGGAUUAUUUUCAAUAAAAAUAAUCUUGUGCUACUGAAACACUUUCUCCUUCUCUGUCCCUGCCUCUUCUUCCUCCUCUUUUUCCCCCGUCAAUCAUUCUGUCCUUCAGUGCUGAGGCCAGCAGUGCGAGCAACAUACCUACAUAUGGCGUGUCAGUCAGUCAAACUCUUGGGUGCUAUGGUGUAAGCACAGUAGCUCGCUUGAAACAAGGGAGCAGUCUGACCUGAGUGGUCUGUUAGUCUCAGCCUGACAAAAUGUUUCAUGGAUUUGUGCCUUUUGUUUGUACAAGGAAGGAGUGCAUAGCAAAAGAGCAGGAGUACUGUACUAUAAUAGUUUGCCUCCUCUUCUUUGGAUCUGUCUCCCUGUCUUCUACAGAGGCGCAAAAGAAAAAGUUGCAGUGAGAAAUAGGAAAGCUUGAUUUUUCUUUGCCUUUUAAUCUUGUAAACAGGGAAAGAGAUGGUGAAAGAUGGUGAGCGGGAGGCAGAGAUGAAAUAAACAAAAUUAAACAUCUUUGUUUUUUUGACUCUUCUUCCUCCCGCUUGCCGCUGUUUCUCUCCUGUGUUUGUGACUGUGCC